AUCGCCGGCAAAAAAUCGUACGGCUUCGAGUUUUUAUUAAAUCUCUCAACAAUCAAAAUAAAAGUGAAUGAAAAGUAAAUUUGUCUAUUUAAAGCAAAAAUGCUCAGUGAUAAAGCAAUAAAACUAUUAGUAAUUGGCGAAAGUGGAGUGGGGAAGUCAAGUCUUAUUCGUCGAUUUGUGGAAAACAAAUUUGACGAAAGUCAUGACGUUACAAUUGGUAUGGACUUCAAAAGCAAAGUGAUGAAUAUUGACGGCGUGGACUAUAAACUGGCACUUUGGGAUACAGCCGGCGCUGAAAGAUUUCGCAGCUUAACACCCAGUUUCUAUCGGAAGGCGUUGGGUGCAAUUUUGGUGUAUGACAUUAAAAGUAGAGAGUCGCUGGUCAAAUUAGAAUCUUGGUUUGAUGAACUAGAAAAUUACAGUGAUAAUCCAAACAUUGCCACAAUUGUUGUGGGCAAUAAAAUAGACGAGGAACGCGUUGUAAGUCGUGAAGAGGGUCUUAAAUUUGCUCGAAAACAUCGCUCGCUAUUUUUGGAAACCUCAGCCAAACAUGAUAAAUUUGUUGCCGAUGUCUUUCGAGAUAUCGUUGAGAAGAUUGUCAGUUCAGGCAAUUUUGAACAGUUCAAUAACGGAGAUCGGAUCGAUGUGCGUACUGAAGAUGAAGAAGCAGCAGCAUCGUCUUGUAGAUGUUGAUCUACUAUACUGAAAAUUUUCUUUUUUAUUGCAUUUGUUCGCGUCAACCCUAUGUUUACAACGGAAUAUUGAAAAACAAAUUAUUACUAUUCUUAAUCACUUUUACAAUGUUUAUGUUAUAACCUAAUUUAGAUAUGAAUAAUACUGGUAGUAAAUGUAGUAUUUAUUAUGUAUUUGUGUACCAGCAGGAACUCUUUAUGUCAUAAGACAAAAUAAAUCGUCACAAUAGGUUGGUUUCCUAUAA